AUGGCGACACCGCGGCAGGUUUCGCAGCUCAAGUCUUUCCUGGCGUGCAACCCCAACAAAAAGCUGUUGCUGCUGUGCAAGGAGCUCGGCAUGGAGGGCUACUCGCGCCUCUCGCGGUCCGACCUGGAGAAAAUGUUCAUCAACCACCUGCAGCAGCACCCCGACCAGUUCUCCCACAUGAUAGGCCUCCUCUCCGGCGCUGAGAGAGUGGUGAGCAAACCCGACAGGAGGAGCCCGCCUGGUAAGGGACAGUGUGAGCGCGUGGCGCCGGUGACGUUCGUCCACCGCGUGCGGCACGACCGGCCCAAGGAGGCGCACCCCGACGAGUACGGCGCGCUGGAGCGGUACUCAGAGAGCGGCCAAGAGGAGCAGUUCUGGGCUGUGGUGGUGCGGAGCCAGCACCAACACCACAACAACCCCGACAUCAUCUUCUUCCUCGAGUACAAGAUCUGCGAGUUCAACAUCUAUCAAAACAAGAACAAGGAGGCGUUCGAGCAACUGCUGAGACUCAAAGGCAUCGGGAGUCGCAGCCCGCCCAAGUGUACGUUUACGCUCGAGCACUGGUACGUCCGCAAGUAUCAGAGCGAACUGGCGCCCGAGGACUUCCACGAAAACAAGGUCAACACGCUGACCAAGUGCACGGAGCUGCUGCUGGGCCUGCUCCGGCAGUAUCGGAGCUAUCUGAGCCACUACGACGAGGGCGACGCCUACUACAACCUGGCCGUGAUCGAGCCGGACGACGACAAGGCCCAGCAGUACUUUCUGAUGUCGGCCGAGGCCUUCGUCAGGGCGCGGUGCACCAACGAGGCCCAGCGCUCCCACAUCCGGCUGCUGCAGCGCAUCACCCGGUGGCGCCCGGGCGAGUUCCCGCACCCGCCCGAGGCCACGUCGGCCAGCCGCCGCAUGCUGCCGUCGCAGUCCACGCCCCACCUCGUCACCGCGCAGAUGCGCAACAUCAUUCGCAACCUCCAGACCCAGGAAAUCGAACGCAGCAUGCUCCCUCGAACCGAGGUGGCGUUCCGCAUGGCGGUGUCUGAUGUGUGGCUGCGCGAUGGGAUGCUGGCCGAGGCCGAGGACCAGGCCAAGCGGGCCCUCGAACUCUGCCGUAACCACCCCUGGAGCGAGUGUGUCUACGCCCAGGAGCGACUCGCCAACCUCCGCUACAUCAUGCAGCAGAUCCAGCUCGCCUCGACCCGCCACCACCAACGACCACCGCUCGCCCCUGUCGCCGCCACCAUCAGCACCCACACCACCUCCACCACCGGCAUCGCCGCCCUGCAGCCCCACCAGCGAGUGCUGGGGACGCCCUACCACGGCACCACGACGGUGAUGACCACCCACGCAACUACGAUCGCCUUCCUGGGCCAUCAUCAGCAGCAACUGAGCGGGCCGCCGCCGCCGUCGCCCUUCGAGCCCUUCGAGCCCUUCGAGCCCUUCGACUCCCUCGAGCCCGAUGAACAAAUGGCCGUGCUGGAUGCAGUGAUCCCACUCACGCCCAGCCCUUACACAUGA